CAGAGAAUGGCCAGAACCAAGCAGACAGCGCGCAAAUCCACCGGAGGGAAAGCUCCCCGCAAGCAGCUGGCGACCAAAGCGGCCCGCAAGAGCGCUCCGGCCACGGGCGGAGUGAAGAAGCCUCAUCGCUACAGGCCCGGCACGGUGGCUCUGCGGGAGAUCCGCCGCUACCAGAAAUCCACCGAGCUGCUGAUCCGCAAACUGCCGUUCCAGCGCCUGGUGCGGGAGAUCGCUCAGGACUUCAAGACCGACCUGCGCUUCCAGAGCUCGGCCGUGAUGGCCUUGCAGGAGGCCAGCGAGGCUUACCUGGUGGGUCUGUUUGAGGACACCAACCUGUGUGCCAUCCACGCCAAGCGGGUCACCAUCAUGCCCAAAGACAUCCAGCUGGCCCGGCGGAUCCGCGGGGAGCGCGCCUAAACGGAGCGUGCCCGGCCCUGCACAUUCACCCCGAG